UUACGAUAAAAAAAAAACAAACAAAUAACACGAUUAUUAAUUCGACGUGCAUCGAUUAGAAAUUCUUUUUGACGUGAAUUCGUCUUCGAAAUUGCUUUCAUAGUGGGAGGCGAUUUGAAAAACGAAUGAUAACAAAAUCGGGAGGAUACAAUUUAGUGUCGCAGCUAAAUAUCUAUCAUCUCCAUUGGAAAUUUAAUUACACCCCUGGACAGCUAAGGGUUCAGAGAAUUCAUUAAGCCAAGUGAGGACUGCGACGCAUGGCGCGCGAUGCAAGGGAAAGGGAAAUAUUUUUGUAUAAAAAAUAUCAUCCGUUACGUAAACUUAUUCGCGAACAACACACGGCCGUGUCUUCGACGCAGCCACACCCCAUUUUUUUUUUUUUUUUUCCUCGUAACUCUCGGGAACAAAAUUUGUCGAUGAUAACUUUUUAUCUGCGGACGUUGGGUCACUUUCGUUUCAUUUCGACCCGGUUGAAAUCGGUUCAGCAGGAUUCAAUGAAUCCGUUCGAUUAAGUUUAUACACUCAUUCGCGCUGUAUCAGUAAGCAAACAUAAUUUAUUAAGCCAUUUAGAUAAGUCGAGGGAUGGUUGAUGGCUCGUUGCUUACGUACAUGUUCCACUGUGGCCUGAAGAAGAUUAAACGUUGUUUGUAUUCUUCUGAACGACUCGUUCGAGAUGUUGAACAUUAUGCGAAUUUGCUGGAAAGAGCCGCAUUCGAGAAGUUGUUGGCGAAAUAAGUGAAUUGAAGCAUUGAACGUUCCGGAAGCGGACAAGCGUACAUCGACGUUUCAUGGAUUCCGAGCUUUUAUUCGUAACGCUCACAGUCCCUGCCGCUAGCCAGCACGUGACUUGCAGAUAUUCCAGAUCGCAAUCAAGAAAUUCAUACCUCGAGACCGCGCGAUCGAGCUUCCGAGAGAGAGUUACGAAAGAAGGAAAUCCUCAAGGCCCAAAAUGGCCCUCGACUUUGCAGCUGGCUGCCUGGGAGGGUGCGCCGGUGUUAUGGUGGGAUAUCCUCUGGAUACCAUCAAGGUACACCUGCAGACGCAAGAUUACCGAAACCCAAAGUACACGGGAACGUGGCACUGUUUUCGCACCAUCCUGGCCCGCGAUUCGAUGGCGGGUCUCUACCGAGGAAUGUCUUCUCCGAUGGUCGGUGUGGCUUUUGUUAACGCGAUAAUUUUCGGCGUCUACGGUAACACUCAGAGAAACUUUUCGGAACCCGAUGCUCUGUAUUCCCACUUACUUGCUGGAGCUACAGCGGGCAUAGCACAGAGUCCAGUUUGCAGUCCCAUGGAACUGGCGAAGACCCGUUUGCAAUUACAAUCCGCAUCCAGUGCAGCGAAAUAUUCCGGUCCCAUGGAGUGCCUCAGGUACAUUCACCGGAAAGAAGGAUAUCGGGGUACCUUCAAGGGAUUGGGAAUGACUUUUUUAAGGGAAGCUCCUGGUUUUGGGAUCUAUUUUUUGACCUACGAAGCACUCACCAGAUCGAACUCACCCACGCCAAUUUCCACCUUCCAGAUGUUAAUGGCCGGCGGAUUGGCCGGAACAGCUUCAUGGAUAAUAUCUUAUCCGAUGGACGUGAUUAAAUCGCGUCUUCAGGCUGAAGUCACCGGUAAAUAUUCCGGGGCUAUGGAUUGUCUGCGUCAAUCGAUCAGCGCUGAAGGUUACGCGUGUUUGUUCAGAGGUUUGAAUUCCACCAUCAUCAGAGCGUUUCCGACGAACGCUGCUACAUUCGCGGUCGUUACCUGGACAUUUCGGUUACUCGGUGAGGCACCUACGCCCGCACCCGAAGUAAAAAAGCAGCCGUCGGUGGCCCACAAAGAACCCGCUCGCAGAUUAUCAAAACCAGAAAACGGCUUACUCACGCAGUGGCAGACAGCGGUGACAAACAUGGUCACGGACGCGCACAAUUCCAGAUCAUAUUCGACCCUCUCGGCGGUUGGAUUUGACAGUAAUCUUCCAGGACCGUCGAGUCUGGCCGUUGCUCACGAGCAGAUCGUUGAGUCUAAGAAAGUCGUGGACGGGGAACCGGGCGACACGACGGACGAACAAAAGUAUCAACGUUUAUCGCAAGAGGUUCAGGAAGGAACUCAACAGAACGAUCAGAAUUCGUGUACAAAGGAUGAGAGCGGUCAAGCGGCCAAUCCUAGCACUGGACUCGAAUUGGUAUUUGUUGUUGAUCGCUUGAGCGCACCUUUCGAAGAACUUGAAAAAAACUCGUGAUCCCCGAUUCCUCGAAGUGGUAACGGUGCGCGAUGUCACGCGAAAACAAAUAAUAAUAAUAAUAAUAGUAAUAAUAGCGAUGAAAAGAACUCUGACGAUAUUGUAACGUAAUCGGUAGUGACGAGAAAUCUUAUUUGAAAAAUCUCAAGAACUCGAGCGAUUCGUUAAGCGAGAGAAUUUGUCAUCUCCCGGUUUUGCCGUCGUCUUUCUAUCACGAAAAACAAGGAUUUUGAGGAGCGUCUGGCCGAGGACUGAUGAUUCCGUCAACGGUCGGUCAGACAGAUCAGUGUGUAGUUUGGAUUGAAAAUUUUACUGUGCAAAGUAAUCGAAGUUCUAUGUACUCCUCUUCAUAUGUAGAUGUAAAUAUAUUUACAGAACAGUUAAACGUAGUGAAAUACGUAUAUCGAAUAGGAAUAUAUUUGUGCAAUUGUAAAAAGCGCUCGGUGAUAAUUAUACGCUCAAAUGUAAAUCCGUGAAAAAUAUAGUCGCUAAUUUUUUCAGCA